GCGAUUCCCAAACCACGCUCGCCGUUGGCGACGCUCAUCGGCAUGUCCCCGCAGCCAUCGCCGGAGGCCUCCACGCCUUGGCGGCGUGCUCAGCUCAAAAUUCGCUCCGUCUCUGAAGGCCACCGGGAUUCGUCUCCUCUGAAUCCGCUUCCCGCUGUGAAGAUUAGCCAGACGGCCGGGAACGGAUUCUCCGGCAUACUGUACAAAUGGGUGAAUUACGGGAGGGGAUGGCGGCCGCGCUGGUUCGUCCUCCACGACGGCGUCCUCUCCUAUUACAAAAUUCACGGACCUCGUAAGAUUGUCACCAAUGAGCAGACGGAGAGAGGCUCUGUGGUUAUCGGCAAGAAAUCAUUCCGCAGAAUCAAUAGUUCACAUAUCACAUCUUCUUCCAAGUCCCUCCGCCGCAAACCCUGUGGUGCAAUCCACCUUCAGGUGUCUUCUGUGAGGGAAAGUAAAUCAGACGAUCGGAGGUUUUCAUUAUAUACUGGGAUGAGGACACUGCAUUUGAGGGCGGAGACCAGGGAGGAUCGAAUUUCAUGGGUGGUAGCAUUGGUUGCAGCAAAAGAGAUGUCUCCUCGGAUGCCAAAUGAGGAACUUCUGAUAACUCAAAUGAAUGAGAAUAUGGCCAUGUCAACUGAGAAGCUCCGUAAACGCCUGACGCAGGAGGGCGUUUGUGAAGCUGCGGUUCAGGACAUUGAGCAGAUUAUGCGUGGUGAGUUUGCAUCUUGGCACAAAGAUUUACUACUGCUCAAACAUAAAGAGCUGCAGCUGAUUGACAAAGUGCGGCAAUUGGAGGCCGAGAAAGUUGACCUCGAGAACACGCUUGUGGAUGAGAGCCAAAGACAGGCAAACACUUCCUUUUUCCAGGACAAAUUUAGAGAAGGAAGCGUGAAUGAAUCAGAUGAUGAACAUGAUAGGCAUCAUGUUGCAGAGGAAGAAAGUGAUGGUGAUGAUGAUGAUGACAUGUUUGCUGAUGCUCGAGACUUUCUUUCUUCAAAUUCAUUUAGAGCACAGGGCAAUGGUGAUAAAAAAGCAUUAUGUGAUUCUGACGAUGAAGAGACUCAUCCUUCUGAAGAUGGAAUAUCAGUCGAAAAUAAAUAUCCUUAUGUGAAACGUAGAAAUAAAUUGCCGGACCCCCUCGAAGAAGAGAAGGGAGCAAGUCUGUGGUCAAUGAUCAAAGAUAACAUCGGGAAGGAUCUGACUAAAGUCUGUCUUCCCGUGUAUUUCAAUGAACCACUUUCUUCUCUGCAGAAAUGUUUUGAAGAUUUUGAAUACUCUUACCUUCUUGAUCAAGCAUACGAAUCAGGAAAAGUGGGUAAUAGCUUUAUGAGGAUGCUUAAAGUAGCAGCAUUUGCUGCAUCUGGAUAUGCUUCCACUGAUGAAAGACAAUGCAAGCCAUUUAAUCCUUUACUUGGCGAGACCUAUGAAGCUGAUUACCAAGACAAAGGGAUCCGCUUUAUCUCAGAGAAGGUUAGUCAUCACCCAAUGAUCCUUGCAUUCCACUGUGAAGGGCGUGGAUGGAAAAUAUGGGCGGAUUGCAAUUUGAAGAGUAAGUUUUGGGGUAGAUCCAUUCAGCUUGACCCUCUUGGUGUACUGACAUUGGAGUUUGAUGAUGGAGAAGUAUUUAAGUGGAGAAAGGUAACAACUUCUAUAUACAACCUCAUUCUAGGAAAAGUUUACUGUGAUCAUUAUGGAACCAUGUCUAUUCAAGGAAAUCGUAACUACUCCUGCAAGCUUAAGUUUAAGGAGCGUUCUCUCAUUGAUCGAAAUCCUCACCAGGUACAUGGAGUUGUAGAAAAUAAUGGGAAGCCAGCAGCAACACUUUUCGGGAAAUGGGACCAGAGCAUACAUUACUGCCAAAAGGAUUGUUCAGUGAAAGAGAAACGAUCGGUUCCAAUGUCAGAUUCUCAUCUGCUGUGGAAGCGAAACAAGCCACCAAAAUGCAAAAGCAAAUACAACUUCACUCAUUUCGCAAUCACACUUAAUGAAUUGACUCCGGGGCUAAAGGAGAAAUUGCCGCCAACAGAUUCAAGGCUCAGGCCUGAUCAAAGGUUUCUUGAAAAUGGUCAGUACGAAUUGGCCAACUCAGAAAAGUUGCGUUUGGAGCAGAGGCAGCGCCAGGCAGUUAAGAUGCAAGAGAGUGGAUGGGAACCUAAAUGGUUUUCGAAAGCCAGUGAUGGAUACAGGAGAGAGAAACAACAUUUUGUUGUUCAGUUUCACUGCUCGCACUCUGUAGUUACCAACACAUACUUAGAGGCUGUUUGGCAACUUCUGAAUCGGUAAGUGCUGAACCAGUAAGAGGUCUGAACCAUUAAGUGCUGAACCAGUAAGAGGUCUGAACCAUUAAGAGCUAGUAUAUUGCUUAACUAUUCAGAGGCAAAUGUCUGAUCAAUUCAGAUAAGAGGUCUUAAACAUUCAGACUCUGUAUAAUACUUAAUCAUUCAGAGGCAAAUCUAUUAACCAUUCAGACAUCUGAACCAUUAAGAGGCUGAAACAAACAGUCUGAACUAUU